CAAGUGUUUAGGUUGCUCCUAUGAGAUUAUUUGUUCCUCUUUUAAAAUCACAUGAAUAUCUUAUGUUUUUGCUGCAGAUCAUAUCGUUCUAAGCUCGCCUCCGAUUCUCAGUCAAAAUACGCUAACGGACACCUGGAUGUAUCUCCAUGGGGUGAGAAAUCUAACUUAGACCCGAAGAACUUCAUCAUCAUUGACAAGCCAGGUGGAGUUUUUGGCAGAAUUCCAGGUGAAAUAAAUGGGCAGCAGUUCUUGAUACAGAACUGCAAGAACUCUUACAUAUAUCUGCUGGAUCACUCAGUAACAGUAACUGUCGAUGAUUGUAUAAAUUGCACUAUUGUGACAGGGCCCAUAAAAACUAGCUUUUUUGUUAGGGACUGUAGACAAUGUACGAUUGUAACUGCCUGUCAACAAUUCCGGUCAAGGGACUGUCAUGAAAUGCUUGUAUUUUUAGCAUGCACAACAGAACCAAUAAUUGAGUCAUGCACAAAGUUCACCUUUGGCCCGUAUCAAUGCAGCUACCCAGGUUUGGAAGACCAUUUUAAUUCGGCUGGCCUUAGUAUAUUUAACUGCAAUUGGUCAGAUAUUUACGAUUUCACAAUGGAUGAGAAUACAGACAGCGUCCAUGUCUCGCUUUUAGAAAAAUGUAAUGAGAUAGAAAAACUAAUCUCAACACCUAAGACAGCUUUAGAAUGCGAAUUGGAAAAUAGCGAACUUAAAAAUGAUGAUGAUUCCAUUGCACUUUUACAGCCUUUAAUGUCGAUACCGUUGUCUUUUUCAUCGGAUAAUUCUGUUGUCCCAUUAACUAUUGGCAAUAAAUCACAAGUUAGUACAUUCAUUCAAUCGAAUAAUCUAAUAACUGAAAAUCACUUCAAUAAAUCUGCACUCAUUACAGUAUUUCCACAUGAAACAGCUAUUCAAUCAGCUAAAUUAAUAUGUGAUUAUUUGAGGAAACUUAAUUCUUGUGCUAUUGUCCGAACUCGCUGUUCUCAAUUUUCUGAGCAUGAGAUUGAACAAAUCUUCAAGUACAGUUCUAAUUCAAAAGUGUGGAAAUCAGGUAGUGUAAUAACUAUUGAAGUGAUUGCUUCGUCAACGGCUCUAGAUACAAUCUGUGAAGAGAUUAUCGUUAAAACAAAUAUUCCAGGAUCAAGUAAACCGUAUAUUCAAAUUGUCGCCGAUCAAACAGAAGCAGUACAGAGAAUAAAUCUGUUAAGUGGCCUGCACAAAAUGCAUAUGAAUACAUAAUCUGGAGUAACUGUUACACUUUUGUAUUUACCAUUGUAUCAUGUUGUUGGAUCCUCCUCACGCGUGUGUGUGUGCGCGCACUUGGUUUUACCAUAUACAUUUUUUUUUGUGUAUUCAAAAUUAUUAUUUGUUUGUUUUCCUUCUUUCCACCUGUGCUACACAGUUGUUUUACACAAAAAAAGGCGUCAAAAACUAUCUUAUUCAUAAACUUUUGAAGAUAAAAGUUUUUAUUCCCUUUAGUAUACUUAUGGAUGUGAUCGUCUCUUGUAUUUAAAUCUUGAAUAACACUGGUUGAUAACUAAGCGAAUGAGUUAUCAGUCAGUUACUAGACUGGAAAUGACCGAAUUUAGAAAGAAAUGUAAGUCAAUUGACCAUAAGCCGUAUAGUAGUGUGCUAUGCGUUCACUACUUCAUUAAGCAAUAAAUUAUUAU